GGGAUCUUAUAAAACCGCGGAAGCCCUCAUACAGCGAUCUGGCUCGUUGGUCUAGGGGUAUGAUUCUCGCUUCGGGUGCGAGAGGUCCCGGGUUCAAAUCCCGGACGAGCCCAUCCCAUUUUACUUGAGAGGGAGAAAGAAAUCUCCACGUAAACAAAGGCUAGACUUAAAAAUGAUUAUAACAGAAUACACCAUUUGGUACAACACUUGUCCCGGACUACCGUUUCACUUAACACGAAUGUUUUAUUGCAGUGUGUCAUGUAUUAUGAUGGUCUGUAGAAGUUGGUAUUGCCUUUCUAUUGUUAGGAUCUCACAACUAUUAUUUUCAACAACUGUAUGCAAAAGUGGGCUCGUCCGGGAUUUGAACCCGGGACCUCUCGCACCCUAAGCGAGAAUCAUACCCCUAGACCAACGAGCCGGCGUGGAAGAGAGAGAUCUAGUUUUGUUAUCAAACAUCAUGAAAACAACGAUCAGAAUGAGCUACGUAAUUCGGUACCAGCUAGAAUACUUCACGGAAAUUCAUAGUUGCAUUUUCUGUUUUGGAUCCAUUAUAGUCCCAGCUGUGUGGACUCGAAAGGUUGAAAACGGAACUGAUCACUAUGGUGCUAAACUGUUAGCUUGCAGGUGCUAGCCUUGUUGUAUGUCAGUCAGUAGAGGGCAGCAGAGCACGUAGAGGAGCGUCUGUGUGCGCAUUUACUGACGACGACGAAAAAUGUGUCUGACUCUCCUUUGAUUGGUCGAUGGAUCGGACGCUUCACCACGAUAGACCAAUAGUUUUGCGUCAUUGGUAGUGUACGGCCAAUCAGCAUUUAUAUGGGCGGGAUGUAGUCUUGCAAAAUAAUCUCCCCCAAAUUCAACCGUUGUAAAUUUGCUGUCUACCUCAGACAACACAACGCAAUAAGUGUUUGUGGACAUACAUUCCCGACUUUAUUUUGAGUCAUAUAAGUUGUUUGUCAACAGCAGAAAACGACAGGUAGGCUCGUCGAUGGUAAUAGCACGCUAAAGUCAACAAAGCUAAUCACUUUAGCUUGAACCAUGCCGAAUUUUUGCGCGGCCCCAAACUGUACACGGAAGAGCACCCAGUCAGAUUUGGCUUUUUUUCGGUUUCCAAGGGACCCAGAGAGGUAAGACCCCGAAAUAAAGCUAAAAAGGUCCAUCAAAAUCAAGUUACUUAUCAUUCUCACGUAGCAUGACUGAGAAAUUGGACAAUCUCGGCACUAGUGUGAGUACGAUGUUUGUAUAAGAAAGUUUUGACAUGUUCUGCAGCUUAUGGCCUCACAUUUAACCCUAGAACACUAUCGGUAAAAUUAGUAGCACCAUCACUAUCGCCGGGUGAUUUUUACCCGAAAUAAUAUACCCAAGAAAAAGUAUUUGUCAUCAAAAUAGGACAAUACAUGACAAAUUAAAGUAGUUUUCUUUUAUUUCUAACUGUGCAAUGUCCAAAGGGAGGGGAAAAGGUGCAAUGGGGGGGACCAUAUAAAAAUGCAACAAAAUAACAGAAAUUAGGCAUUCAAGAAUAAAAAAUACAGAGAAAGACUGUAAACUAAGUUUCUUUUCCACCUAGUAGAUAGUAGAUAACUUUUAGAGACAUAUUAUGUGAGACAACAGACAAUUGAAUUUCCAUUCGGGGAUUAAUAAAGUUAUUUUUAUUCGUAUUCUUGUUAUUCUUAUUCCUGGGACAUGUGAGUCUUUCCUGGUAAAGACUCAGGGUCCUUGGCACAAUAACAGCUGCAGGAGAGAGAACCAAAAUAUGGCAGAUUUUGAGUGAGUAAAAAUGACCAGCUGACUAAAAUAUUUCAGCAUGCAAAUGCAAAUACUUUACCCUCUAUCACUAUUUCUGGGUGAAAAUCACCCGAACCUGUAAGAAAAAGCAGGUUUUGAUCAGGGAAACAAAUAUGCCUUCAGAGAUGUCAAAGGUAAUGCUGAAGCUACCCAGGGACCCAUGAUACUCAGACAAACACAACACAAUAAAAAUCAUGUAAACAUGUUUGGUCGUGUGAAAAUCACCCAGCGAUAGUGUUCUAUGGUUAAUAUAUAUUGUGGCCUUGUUUUAAAUUCAUGAUCAUUUUACCAAAACCCAGGAAUAGAUGAUGUAGUCAACCUAUGCUCACCUAACCAAACAUCAGUGUUUUAAUGUCCUAUCAGUGCUUUAGGGCAGACAGGCUUAAGGUUUUAUUUUUUAAUCAUAUUAUGAUAGCCUUUGUUUUAAGGAUGUAUUUUUUUAUUAUUGAGUGCUGCAAAUAUGUAUAAUUUUCCCCACUUUAAAUGUCAGUACACCCCCAUAAUGUUUUACUUCAGGUCUUAACCUUUAAAAAAAACUGAAGAUUGAUACUGUGUCAAAAUUCGCAGAAGUACAAUAUUAGUCACUCUAUUGUCUCUCUCAACAUUACAUUACAUUCAAGCAUUUAUUUUAACACUCUUUCAAAUUUCAUGCUUUCCCAGAUGCAGAAUCUGGGUAGAGAACUGCCGCAGGGCCGAUCUUGAGGCGAAAACAGCAGACCAGCUAAACAAACACUAUAGGUUAUGUGCCAAACACUUUGACCCUGCCAUGGUGUGCAAAACAGUAAGUAUCACACCUUUCUCUCCAGCCUGGCUGUAUGUGUCUUCCCAUUUUACAAAAAUGUGAGUCACCCAUGAUCACUGAUUUUACGUUCUUAUUUUCAGAGCCCUUACAGGACUGUGUUGAAAGAUACAGCUAUUCCUACUAUAUUUGAUUUGACAAGCCAUCUCAAAAAUCCUCAUACCAGGCAUCGCAAGCGGAUUAAAGAACUCGUAAGAAAAACUUUUUGUCACUGCUUUUGUAAUAGAUAGUUUAACCAUAUGUUGUCCAAGUUUUUAGUGUAAACUUCUAUUUUUUAUUGUAGACUGAGGAGGAUAUCAGGAAGAUUAAAGAAAGGAGAUGUGAGUAAACGACUUUGCAUAUACAAAAAAGGAGUUUAGUUACAACAUGCACACUUGCAACAUACCCUCUCAUCUGUAUUAUGAUUUGUUUUCUUUUAGUGGCAUCUUCUAUCGAACAGCUUGUUUCCAAAAAAGAUUCAGCUGAGGAUGGCACAGGCACCAAUGAAGAUGAACCUCAACUGUCCACAGAGGAGAAAGAGUUACGUGAAUACCUGAAGUCCUUAUUUGAGGUUGUGGUUAUGUUCGGGAAACAGAGCAUCCCCUUGGUGGCUGACAAAGCAUCCGCCGGUGGACUCAACAACUUCCAGGCCCUCCUUGAUUACAGGAUGAAUGCUGGAGAUGAAGCUUUGAGGAAGCGGUUUGUGGCAACAGCUGUGAACACAGAGUACCUGUCUGCAACCCAGCAGAGCCAGCUCCUGGAUAUCUGUGAGAACACGGUAAGGGAGGAGAUGCUGAUGGAAGUGCGAGAGAGUCGCUUCUUCUCCCUGGUGACAGGUGACCUUGUUGAGUUCGCCAAUGAGAAGCACAUGCCUCUCUUUUUGCGCUUUGUGAAUCAGCAGAACGUCCUUCGAGAGGAGUUUUUAGACUUCAUGUCUUUUGAAGGCGAUGAGGCUGCGCUGGUGGAAAGGCUGGAGGCCCACCUGACUGACCGCUGGAGUCUAAGCAUGGAGGACUGCCGCGGUCAGGCCCACAAGGCGACCGGUUCCUCCACCACCAAAAUGAAGGCGGUGGCAGUGCUACUGAUGGAGAAGUAUCCUCUUGCCCUGCACAUGGCAUGCUCUCAAAUGGCCUUGAAUAUCCACCUAUCAAACAACCUGCCUUUUCCUAAUGUCCAGAUCGUCAUGGAGACUCUAAGGAAGAUUGGUUCUUUCUUUAAAGCCCCUCAUACCCAGGAUGAACUUGAGAAAGCCAUCUGUACCCACUACCAGAAAAAUGAAGAGAAGAUAGCGUUGCUUAAACAAGCUUGUGUUCCAGGAUGGACUGAGCAGCACAGUGUCUUUGACGAGCUGCUUGACAUGUUGCCCCCCCUAUUGUUGUGCAUGGACAGCAUUCGAGAAAACGAGGAAGGAAAGUUUUCUGAUACCACGACAGCAAAUGCUUACUCAAUCUCAGAAAUUCUGGCUGAUUUUGAGAUCGUAGUCACUGUUGUCAUCCUGAAAAAUGUCCUCACUUUCACCAGAGCGUUUGGAAGGAAUCUCCAAGGAGAAACACUCGAUGUUUUCUUUGCUGCAAACAGUCUAACCGCUGUGCUGCACUCACUAAAUGAGGUCAAUGACAACAUCGAUGUGUACCAUGAAUUCUGGUUUGAGGAGGCUGUGAGUGUGGCCAGUGUCAUGAAUAUUCCCCUAACAGUUCCAAGGUUGUUUCUACGGAAGCAGCGUGCAGCCGACGUGGGUGAGAUACAAGCAGAGUCAUACUAUAAGGAGUAUGUGACCGUCCCAAUUAUUCACGGCAUCAUGCAGGAAGUAGAGGACAUGUUCUCUGAGACCAACCUCAAAGCUCUCAAGUGCUUAUCCCUGGUCCCAGCUGUUAUGGGCCAAAUGAAGUUCAACACCACCGAGGAGAACUAUGCGGAUGUGUACCGCAACGACCUCCCCAACCCUGACACUCUCCCCGCAGAGCUUCACUGCUGGAGAAUUAAGUGGAAGCACCGAGGCAAAGAGGUGCGCCUGCCCACCACCAUCCACGAAACCCUCCAGCUGCCGGACGUGAAGUUCUUCCCCAACGUGAACUCCUUCCUCAAGGUGCUGUCCACCCUGCCUGUUCUGAAACUGGAGGACAACAAGGGCAACACCGCGAGCGAGCGGCUGCAGGCUUAUCUCAGCAACGUGCCCGCAAAGCAGUGGAACAAAAGCCUCGCGAUGCUCAACAUCAACACCCACGUCAAACACGACUUGGACGUGAUGGUGGACAAAUAUUGCAGACUGUAUUCGGAGGAUGAUGCAGAAGCAGAAGUAGAGGCGGAGUCUGAGGAAGUGGCUGAGGAAGAUGUAGAGACGAAAUGAAGAGAAACGGACAAUGAGCUGUGCCGUCUGUCAAAAAUACACCUCCUUUGGCUCCUCACUAACCGCAUUUUUCACACUAAAAGGCGCACCUGAUUAUAAGGCGCACCAUCAAUGAACGCGUCUAUUAUCAUAUAUAAGGCGCACCGGAUUAUAAAGCGCCUUAAGCCAAACAAAACAGUCAGAUAAGUCAAACUCGUUCAAUAACUUUGCGAAAAGGAUUUUAAGUGCGCCUUAUAGUGCGAAAAAUACGGUGCAUUACAGUGUUUGUGCAUCAGGCAUAAACACCAAUAUUUAAAUCACCUGCAAAACGAAAAAGCACAUUGCAUUUAUUUGAGGAAAAACUGGUUUCUUGAUUGGUAUAAUUAACUUUUAUUUUAUAAAAAUAAAUAAAAAAUUAAUUUGUAAAUCUUGAAUAGUUUUAUUUUACCAGAUAGCCAAUUUCCUCUAAUGAAUGCAGUAUGUAUCAGUGAUGGAUAUCUGAUGAAGUUUUUAUUCUCUCUGAGAUUCCCAAGAAUUUUGUUUUUUUGUUUGUUUUUCUCUAUGUUGUAAAAGUAGUUUGUUCUGUGAAUAAGUGUGUGUUUUUUUUUUCUUUUUGGAAACAAGUAGUUGAAUGAAAAAUUACUGAAUUCUUUAUGUGCGUCACCACAAAACAUCCAGAGGUGAGGGGCAGUUUUAAGGGCUCACUUUGUUUGCAACUAAAAACUCAGUCCUAAACAAACAAACUUUUAUAGACUUUUGGGGUAUUUGUUCUUAAUCAAUCACAUACAGCUCAUUUACAGUUAGCAUAUAUCCUACCAUGUGAGCAUGUUUCCCUGUGCCCACUGACAGGCAGCUCAAUUUUUCUUUUCUUCUGACUGUGAGGCAGGAGGAGCACAAGAGGGAGCAAUUGCACCAACAUCAGCUGUGCUCCUUUAUUGCUCAGAAUGACGCCGCUUUUUCUUUGUGUAAAUAAAAUACUUCAUGUAGUUAAUAGGUAACAAUAGUGAAAUUUUGGAGUCACUGUAAGAUUGAAAAGUCUGAUGAAACUCAAGUUUAAUGUGAUAAAAAAAACCUCAUGUUUUUAUAAAUCCUGAAUUGUUCAUGAAAUUUUCAGAAUUGACAGAAGUGUGUCAAAAAUAUGUUUUCAGUUUUGUAAAAUAAACCUUGUAAAAUGUGCAAA